UUUUUUUCCUAGCCGAGCCUUGGGCAACAUAUCUUCCUCGUACCAUCGAGAAGUCAGGCUCGACACAGCUUGUGCUGUCAGUGGCCCUGAUAAACCCAACAAAGAAGAAGAAAGGACUAACCCUGACUGGUACAGACAUAAGGACAGUUGUUAUAAUGGCUGAAUUAAUCAAGAUCUUAUUGAAUUUCUCUGAACGGGCUGGAGAAAUUGCUCGAUCUAUUCGUCAGGAGCCUAAACUGUUCACUUUGCUGGUUGAAGAAAAGGGUGAAAAUGAAAAGAAUCAGCGAUUUACCCAUGACUUUAAAACAUUAGCAGAUGUAUUGAUUCAGGAGUCCCUCAGACACCAUCUUGUUCAAAUGAUUCCUAGUCUUGGUGAUCAUGUUCAUGGGGAAGAAAGUGCAGAGUUUACAAAUACUCUCGGAGAGAAAAUUAUUGUGAAGAUCUGUGACACACGGCAAGAAACUGCUACACUUCUUGCAAAAGUUUUAGAUGGCAAUCAGGAAGCAGCAGAGAUUUUGGCAAAUGUUGUACACACUGAUAUUAUCUGGAAGCCAGAACCAGAAUUAGAAGAAAUACCUAAUUUACCCAUAGAAAAUUUAGGUAUAUGGAUUGAUCCAGUUGAUUCUACUGGGGAGUAUGUGAAAGGUGAAAUUGGUACUUGCUGCAAUAAUAUAUACACUCAUGGUCUUCAAUGUGUUACCGUCCUUAUUGGCUUAUAUGACCGUUUAUCUGGCUUACCUGUUGGAGGUGUUAUCAAUCAACCGUUUGCUUUGUUUAAUGAAGAGAGCCAAAGGUGGCAGGGACAGGUUUAUUGGGGAGUGAGUCACGGUGGCAUUAACAUUCAUAAUGUGCCACUUAGAACGACCAGUCCACAAGAUGGACGUCCAAUACUUCUGAUGUCAUCGAGUGAAGAUAUAAAAUUGCAGGAAAAGCUAAACAAGAAAUUCAAUGUAAUAUAUGCCACAGGUGCUGGCUACAAGCUGCUAGUGGUAGCCCUAGGACUUGCAUCUGCUUGUGUGUCAUCAAAGGGAUCAACUUUCCGUUGGGAUACAGGAGCUCCUCAUGGGUUGCUGAGUGCCCAGGGUGGUGGUGUAAUUAUCUUUCAAAAAAUUUGUCAGCUUGCAGAACGGGGUAUUGAUGUUGAAAAUCUGAAAGAACUACAAAUCAGGUAUCAUAAAUCAAAUGAUAAUGUAACACAGCAUAAUUUGCAAUGGUGUAAUGAAGGUGGGCUUGUUGCAUACCAGGAUCCCAGUGUAUUAUCCACUAUCCUAGAAUGCCUUUAAAGAGUUAUUAUUGUAAAGAUUAAUGAAUAUCUUUCUCUUUAUUGCUAAUCCUGAACCAAAAUUUCUGAUAAGCACUUUACUUUUCUUACUACUCCUGAAACAGUUUAUAAAACAUUACGUUUCCUUUCACUCUUGAAGCAGUUUCUGAACCUUCCCUUUCCUUUCCUUUUACUCCUGAAAUAAAAUUUCUGAAUACCGUAUUACCUUUCUUUUCUUUCUACUCCUGAAAUAACCUUUCUAAAUCAUUAUGUUUUCUUCUGUCCCUGAAACAAAGUUUCCUUAACUGCUACAUUCCCAUUCUUUCUCUUCCUUAAACAUUUCUAGAGCAAGAAUCAAAUCCAGUUGUAGGUUCUUUCUAAUCAACCAUAAUUUGUGUUCAUAUCCUGAAUUUUUUUUAAACAUGCUGGCCAUCUUCCACUGAGGCAGUGUGACCUUAUAAACACUUUCACCAUCAUUCACAACUAUCACUAUCUUGCCAGAGGCACACAGAUUUUAUAUAUUAAUAUAUUCAUUAUAUAUUAUUUUUUUCUCAACACGUUGGCAGUCUCCCAAUGAGGCAAGGUGGCCUAGAAAAGAAACACUUUCACUAUCAUUCACACAUAAUCACUGUCUUUGCAGAGGCAUUCAGAUAUGACAAGUUAGAUGUCACUCCAAACAGCCAAUAUCCCAAACCCCUCCUUUAAAGUACAGGCAUUGUACUUCCCAACUACAGGAGGGCCCCUCUUAUACAGCAGGUUAGGUUCCGGACUACUGCCAUAAAGCGUAAAUCGCUGUAAAGUGACCCAUAGCCAUUUUAUUCAUUUUCAAAUGCUUAUAAAAGCCUGAUAUCAUGUUUACUCUUCAUAUAUUAAGUUAGCUAGGCCUAAAAAAUGCAUAUAAAGUACUUACCUUAAAACAUUUUCAUCCUUAGCUUAUAAUGAGUGGUGAAUAUAUUUAUUGUAGGAAAUCUGAAUAAAUGAAGAAUGGGUAUAAUUGAAAACUGCUGUAAAGCAAAGUGUUGUAAAGUGAAGUGCUGUAAAGCAGGGCCUACCUGUAUAUACAUACAUGAAUUAACUUGAAAGAUAUUUAUUUGUUUAUUAGAUUAUGACAUGGAGCAGAUUUUAUGUAACUCUUUGUUGGUUUGUGGCUGUUAUGCAGUGCUGAGAAGGGCAUUACAGGACUGUUUUAUGUACUCUUUAUAAUUUAUUAAGUUGAGGCUUCUCCAAGGAUAGUACUCAAUACAGAGAUUCAUGUAUUAACCCCUUAUAAAAAAUGUAUUACACCUGUAAUUAUUUAUUUGUAUUAUGUACUCUCUUAGGGAAUUAUAUUCAUAAUUUAUUUAGUUAUAAACAUUGUACAGCACAGGGUAUUUUAAUUCACUAUAUCAGUUGAUAUAGUGGUAUUCCUAUUUCUGACAUUCCUAUUUAUCAUCAUUUCCUAGAGAGAUACCUUGCAUCUUUGUGAGAGGUGUCAGGUCUUUUGGCAAUGCAAUAACUUUUGGUAGACUAUCGUAUUUACCAAAGAACAUGUUAAUUCAUUUCUAUCUUCUCCAUCAUCUUUAUGACCUAACUCUGGUUGCUGUCUUUUUGGAAAGUUCAACCUUUAAUGUAGACACAAUCUGUAAUUUCUUAAAUAAAACUGACUUUUGUCUAUAGCAUGUGAACCAGCCCUUCACCCUUUUUUUUUUUUUAUUCUCCUGAUGUCAACAUUCCUUCACCUUGUAGCACUGGAUAACCCUUAGGAGUUUAGUGCAAUUUUUUUGUAAAUGCAGUAUAGUAUAUUAAUGUUCUACCAGCACCAAAGUCCAUCAUGAGGGGAGUAAAACUUACUCUGUUCUCCAAUUUAUUCAGUAAUUCUACCUUUUCAAUUAUUAAUGAAUUUCACUUGCUUGUCACAAAGACAUGAGAUGGACUGGCACUGCCAGUAGCACCUGUAUUACUGUUGGGGGCCUAAAGU